AUGGUGUACGAGAAUCUACAUUUCGAAAUCGGUCAUGGUGACGCAGAAAAGACGGCAAGAGUCGCCAUCUCCCUGGAAAAACUCUGCGAGUUGUUCCAUUAUGCAUGGCGUUACCGGCGAGCAACGACCUCCAUCACAAUCUAUGAUUCGUGCGACGCUCGAGUUGCUCCGUCGACGCCUCCGCCCGAUUACGACCAGUAUAUCGCACACAUGGACCUCAGUUUGCGCUCUAUACUUCACUACACCACCCAUUUGACGACUUUCGUCAUGGACGCCAGCACGACGGGACAAAUAUUGCAUCUUCCGAAUGCGCUCUCGAUACUGAAUAUGGUAUUUAAUCUCCGCGAGGUCGCCCUCCUGUCCGUUUGUUGCGGGAGAGGACAACUCCCACACAUGGGAGGACAGGUACAGCAUGCGAUCAUUCGGAAUGCAGGACCCGACGCGACAUGGUAUAGUUCUUUCCUCGACAAGCAGCGUUUGUCGAGGUUGGACAUAUCCGAUACAACGAGCCACGAUGGGCGCUGGCAAGAGGCAUUUCGGGCUCCAGCAGCGUCAUGGGCAGGUCUUUCGUGCCUGUGCAUAUCCUGCACCGACAACAACCUUCUCGACUACGCCAAUCUGAUUGAACGAGGACUAGCAAAAUCCUCUUGGCCCCGCCUCACAUCUCUGUCGCUCUCGGUGCCAUUCACUUGGAUGCCGGCGUUAGAUAUUCUCCUGGCCAACGUAUCUCGCGCGCCUAUCCGAUGCUUCCGGUUCACCGUCAACGUCGAUGGCAGGUACCUCCCAGGAUUUGGCCCCAGCUUCGUGAGAGAGAUGGGUAAAAAUUUGUCACGUCUGGUCGAACUCAUAUUGGAUCACUCUGGAGUGAGUCGCUACGCUCCCCUGCCUGGCGACUUGAACGAAUGGGCCGACGGUCUCAGGGGACUAAGAGAAAUACGCACUCUCGUCCUCCCCACCGCCUUCGUUGCAAUUCCGAGGGCACCGCCGGAGCACCGAUCGCAGGAUGCAGUCUUGGGGAUGCCACACCAGAACAUGUCGCCAUCGCUUCAACGCAUCUGGGGCGGAUUGGCACUGUAUGCCCGGCACUUCAUGCUCAAUCGAUUGCCCCUUCCGUCCUUCGACAAGAUUUGCUUCUUGCACGACGACCCCAGGCUAGGAUAUCGAGAGGCGAUCGCAUUCGAACGAAAGGUGCUGUCCGCGCCUAUACCAAUGCAUCGGGGCGACCGUCACCACAUGUCCAAUGCACGUUCGAAUGGGAAAUCAACAGCGAAACAUAUUGUACGUGUGAGCCAUAUUCCGUACGACAUGUUCUGGGAACCGAAGUGGAGACAACGGCGUUAG